AUGUGCACCGGUCGAUUCGAGGCUUUCACUGGAGUGAUGCAGCGAGCAAGCUGUUGGCCGAAACGCUAUUCAUUCCAGGAACGGCAACGGCGUUGCGAAACUGGUGACAAGAAAUUAAUGGGUGACACCUCGCACGGCAUGAUGAGCCGCUCAAUAAAUGCUGGUUCACAGCGCAAGAACAACUCAGAAGAAGUGGCAAAGCGCAGGGCAGCACUACAAGAACAACUUGAGCAACGGCGUGAACAAUCAAGACGUCAACAAGAAGAGAGAAUGGCGAAAGCAGCGGCUCAAAAAGAAGAGCGUUUGGCGCGACAUCGCGAAAUUCAGCAGAGAGAAAUGCUGCGUGCGAAGGCUGUGCUGGAUCGAAGGGCUCAAGUGUUGGCAGAGGCUGAAGAAAAGAAGGCUGCGGUUCUAGCCAAAGCGCAUGCGGAGUCUUCACGUCUCGCUCAACAAAAAACACGACCAGUUUUUGCGUUCGGCAGUAGCACACCUCGUGAGUUGGGUUAUUUAACACAGCUUACCAAAGAGCAAAAGGUAUAUAAUCGCAAAUUACAACCAGAUGCUACAGCAGUGCUACCUGCUUCUUCUCAGUCGAGUAGUCCGUUUGGUCGCUUGCCUACAGGUCGCAUUUAUAAUAAUAGAAGUCCAAUGACAAAGAGUCUGUACGGGACACUGGUUAAUGAAGCAAAAACACGUUGUAAGCCCUUACCAGCUAAUAUGACUCAAUCAAUGGUUUCACCGAAAGCAGCUCCACCACAACGACAACUACUUAACAAAUCAUUGAACAAGGCACAAAAAAGAGUAUCAGAGGGUCGUAAUAAAGCAACAGCAACAUUAGCAUCAACACCACCGUCGUCGAAUAUCACGGUAAAUACAGCAAACAAAUACAAGUCUUCAAACAGUCAGUCGAAAUCGCCUUCAUCAAUGACACAUCCUGCAAAGGCUGUUGCCAUUGUGCAUGAUAAAAGGAUUCGAGAAGAGUCAAAAGAAGGGACUGUUAAUAAUACCAAUAUUGGUAUAAAGGCAAGCGCAAAUGUGAGUGCUGUAGCCGAUUCAGUAAUAUCGCCCAAAGUAUCGCCACCGAAUAUCACUAAUGACUCAUCAGUUGAAAAUAAAGUUGCAAUGAAUGAUGAUAAGCAAAAGGCGGUUAUCGAAGCACUAAUUGUGGAUGCAGUUAAGAAAGAACAACAGCAAGUCAAUGAAAACGUGGAGGUCGUUCACGAUUCUCCGAGCAAUGAGAACGUACACGUGAAUACUGUGCAACGGGGUGCGGUAAUCAAGGAUAUGGAUGAAAAUGUGAUGGAUGAAUCGAGGAUACUGCAAAUGACAAAUGAUACAUAUACUGAACCAGAACAGGUACAGAUGAUCAGUGAAUCACUUGUGGUUGAAGUGAAUGGUAGUGGUGGAGAGAAAGAUGAACAAGAAGAACGAAAGAUUACGUGGAAGGUGGGAAUGGGUGGUGAUAAUGAUAUCGAUGAUGGUAAUAGUGAUAAUAAUAAUAAUAAUACUAAUAAUAAUAAUAAUGAAGAUGGAAAUGCUCUAUUGGUAAGUUCUGGUAGCUGUCCGAGUGUGGGAGUGGAGAAGCAGAGUUUAGAUGAACAGAAUGCUAACGAGGUGUUGGCAACAGGCAAUGAUGGUGAAAGAGCGAUGCAUACAGAUGGUCAUUCAUCGCCGUCAUUCGAAUUAAGACGUGAUAAAGAAAACAAACAUGAUAAAAUGAUGAUGAACAACCAUUCGGAGGCAAGUGGUAGUAGUACGGUUGACAAACUUCAACAUUUCUCAUCCUCAUUAUCAAAUGUUGAUCAUGAUGAUAAUCAACAACAUUUAUCAUCAGCAACUCGACUUGACCAACUCCAACUUCGAACUGAACAAGAAGCACGUGAACGGGAACAACGUAAAGCUCGUCUGGCUGCCAUCAUGAAACGUACACGUGGUACGCCAACAGCCAUUGUUGCUCCUACACAAAAUAUUAUCACUGACGAGGGUAGUUUGCACGAGCCAUUGAAAGAUGUGGAGCAUACUUCAACUGUAAAUGUGAAUGAUAAUGCUACACCACAUGUUCUCAGUCACACUGCUGCUUCUGUUCUUCAGAAGUUGGCUUCAUCAAAUCCACGUCUGCUAUCCGUACUUCAGCGGAAUGGCUCGAACCCCUCGUUGGCUGAUGAGCUAACGACGGCUGACCCGUCAAUGACGCUUCCUGGUCAGCCGGAUGAGCCCUCUUCUCCUCAUGAAGCAAAUUCCACCGCACCCCUUCGUCCUAUUGACUUCCACUCAGAUGUUUCUCAGUCUAGUCUUGCAUUUUCGCGUUUAUUAGGCAACUAUCUCCCACCCGCUUUACCUUGA